AUGCGUUCAAAUAUCGAAAUUAAACCAGACGUUUUGGAAUAUAAUCCACCAUUUACACAACAAUCCACACAAUACGCCACUGUUACCAAUACAUCCGAUCAUCCUAUUGUAUUUAAAGUGAAAACUACUGCCCCUAAAUUCUAUUGUGUUAGACCAAAUGCAGCUUUAGUAGAACCUGGUGAAUCUGUAGAAGUUCAAGUCAUAUUAUUAGGGUUAACUGAAGAACCAGCUCCUGAUUAUAAAUGCCGUGAUAAAUUCUUAAUUAUAACUUUACCAGCUCCAAAUGAUUUGGGUACAAAAUCUGUAGCUGAAGCUUGGCCUGAAUUAGAAAUGGAAUAUAAGAAACAAGCCAUUUCCAAGAAAAUUAAAGUUAGAUAUAAUUUGAGUAGUAAAUCGAGUGGUUCCCAUGAAAAACAUCACCAUUCCACAACAGGUGCCGGUGCUUCUCAUGAAGAUCACCAUUACCCAGAAACUGAAUUGAAAAAUAGAGGUGUUACAGGUUCUUCAAAUACCAAUGAUGCUGUUGUUGGGAAUAAAGAAACUAAAUCCGUUCAACAAUCUGCAGCCAAGAGUUCCGGUUCUAGUUCUUCUAUGUUCUUGAUGAUUAUAGUUUUAAUUCUUGCUGGUGUCUUUGGUUAUUUGAGAUUCUUUUAA